AUGUGCACCGAUGCAGAACAAGACAAUGGCUGGGGUCAGGCCGAGCCAGACGACGCCGCGACCGAGGUGACGGUCCCGGGUCUCGUCGGCCUGGGUGGUGCUGAGGAGGGCGGUAAUGGUGGGGGGGAGGGGUAUGACAUCGGAAAAGAUAGGGACAAGGGGGUGUGGGGCGAGUCCGGUUGGGACGCAGCCGUGGUUAAGGUAACCGGCGCGUCCCCAUGUAAGUGGAAGAGUGGUUGA